ACUCCCUGGCCUUUUCCCGUCUCCUGGCUGCAGCCAUGGAGUUACAGAAGGGAAAGGGGGCAGCAGCAGCAGCUGCUUCGGGAGCAGCGGGAGGUGGAGGAGGAGCGGGAGCAGGAGCCCCAGGAGGGGGGAGGCUGCUACUUUCUACCAGUUUGGAUGCCAAGGAUGAGUUAGAGGAGAGACCCAGAAGUGGGACAUGAUUGCUGAACUGUUUGUAAGACCUAAUACAUUCAACCCAGUGGCUAUCCAGGGACAGGAUGAGUCAGAGGUUGGAAAGAUGUAUGAGCAUUGUGACAUCGAUGACCACUGGGGUCUCAGAGAGAGAGGCCAAUGAUGCCCUCAAUGCCUACGUAUGUAAAGGCCCCCCGCAACACGAGGAAAUCUGCCUGGGCCUCUUCACCCUUGUGCUUACCGAACCUGCCCAAGCCCAGAAGUGUUACCGGGACUUGGCUCUGGUGAGUCGUGACGGCAUGAAUAUUGUCCUGAAUAAAAUCAACCAGAUACUUAUGGAGAAGUACUUGAAGUUGCAGGAUACCUGCCGUACUCAGUUGGUGUGGUUGGUCCGGGAACUGGUGAAGAGUGGGGUUCUGGGAGCCGAUGGUGUUUGCAUGACGUUCAUGAAGCAGAUUGCUGGUGGGGAUGUAACAGCAAAAAACAUCUGGUUGGCAGAGAGCGUUCUGGAUAUCCUGACGGAGCAGAGGGAGUGGGUAUUGAAGAGCAGCAUCCUCAUUGCCAUGGCCGUUUACACGUACCUCCGCCUCAUCGUCGACCACCACGGGACCACCCCACUCCUGGCCCUGCGGCAGAAGGAGGUGGACUUCUGCAUCUCACUGCUCCGGGAACGGUUUAUGGAAUGUUUGAUGAUUGGCCGGGACCUCGUAAGGCUGCUUCAGAACGUUGCCAGGAUACCAGAAUUUGAACAGCUUUGGAAAGAUAUAAUCCAUAACCCUCAGGCCUUGAGUCCUCAGUUCACAGGUAUCCUGCAGCUUCUUCAGUCAAGAACGUCCCGGAAAUUCCUAGCAUGUCGUCUGACCCCGGACAUGGAGACUAAGCUCCUCUUCAUGACAUCCCGGGUGCGGUUUGGUCAACAAAAGCGAUACCAGGAUUGGUUCCAGCGCCAGUACCUGUCAACCCCAGACAGUCAGUCUCUGCGCUGUGACCUCAUCCGCUACAUCUGUGGGGUGGUCCACCCUUCGAAUGAAGUGCUGAGUUCAGACAUCCUGCCCCGAUGGGCCAUCAUUGGCUGGCUCCUGACCACGUGCACGUCAAAUGUCGCCGCCUCUAAUGCCAAGCUGGCUUUGUUUUACGACUGGCUGUUCUUUAGCCCAGACAAGGACAGCAUUAUGAACAUAGAACCAGCCAUCCUGGUCAUGCAUCACUCCAUGAAGCCCCACCCAGCCAUCACUGCCACACUCCUGGACUUCAUGUGCCGUAUCAUUCCCAACUUCUAUCCGCCAUUGGAGGGCCACGUGCGGCAGGGCGUCUUUUCCUCCCUCAACCACAUUGUGGAGAAGCGGGUCCUGGCGCAUUUGGCUCCCCUGUUUGACAACCCAAAAUUGGAUAAGGAGCUUCGGGCGAUGCUGCGAGAGAAGUUUCCUGAGUUCUGCAGUUCGCCCAGCCCGCCUGUGGAAGUCAAAAUUGAGGAGCCAGUUUCCAUGGAGAUGGACAACCACAUGUCAGACAAGGAUGAGAGUUGCUAUGACAACGCCGAGGCAGCCUUCAGUGACGAUGAGGAGGAUCUCAACAGCAAAGGAAAGAAGAGAGAGUUUCGCUUCCACCCGAUCAAGGAGACAGUGGUGGAGGAGCCAGUUGAUAUCACCCCUUACCUUGACCAGCUGGACGAGUCCCUGAGAGACAAAGUCCUCCAGCUACAGAAGGGGAGUGAUACAGAGGCCCAGUGUGAGGUCAUGCAGGAAAUCGUGGACCAGGUCCUGGAGGAAGACUUUGACUCAGAGCAGCUGUCUGUCCUCGCUUCCUGCCUGCAGGAGCUCUUCAAGGCCCACUUCCGGGGGGAGGUGCUGCCCGAGGAGAUCACUGAGGAGUCCCUGGAGGAGUCUGUGGGGAAGCCUCUAUACCUAAUAUUUAGGAACCUCUGCCAGAUGCAAGAAGACAACAGCAGCUUCUCUCUGCUUCUGGAUCUUCUCUCUGAGCUAUAUCAGAAGCAGCCCAAGAUUGGCUACCACCUGCUCUACUACCUAAGGGCCAGCAAAGCCGCCGCAGGAAAGAUGAAUCUGUAUGAGUCAUUUGCCCAGGCCACCCAGCUGGGUGAUCUGCACACCUGCCUGAUGAUGGACAUGAAGGCCUGCCAGGAGGACGACGUGCGGCUGCUGUGCCACCUCACACCGUCCAUCUACACAGAGUUUCCAGACGAGACCUUGCGGAGCGGGGAGCUGCUGAACAUGAUCGUGGCUGUUAUCGACUCAGCGCAGCUCCAGGAGCUGGUCUGCCAUGUGAUGAUGGGGAACCUGGUCAUGUUUCGGAAAGACUCGGUCCUAAACAUCCUCAUCCAGAGCCUGGACUGGGAAACCUUUGAGCAGUACUGUGCCUGGCAGCUCUUCCUGGCCCACAACAUCCCCCUGGAGACCAUAAUCCCCAUCCUGCAGCACCUCAAGUACAAGGAGCACCCAGAGGCCCUGUCCUGCCUGCUGCUUCAGCUCCGCAGAGAGAAGCCCAGCGAAGAGAUGGUGAAGAUGGUGCUGAGCCGGCCCUGCCACCCAGACGACCAGUUCACCACCAGCAUCCUGAGGCACUGGUGUAUGAAGCAUGAUGAACUGCUGGCUGAGCACAUCAAGUCCCUGCUCAUCAAGAACAACAGCCUCCCCCGCAAGAGGCAGAGCCUGAGGAGCUCCAGCAGCAAGCUGGCCCAGCUGACUCUGGAGCAGAUCCUAGAGCACCUGGACAACCUGCGUCUCAACCUGACCAACACCAAGCAGAACUUUUUCAGCCAGACCCCAAUUCUGCAGGCUCUGCAGCAUGUCCAGGCGAGCUGUGACGAAGCCCACAAGAUGAAGUUCAGCGAUCUCUUCUCCUUGGCCGAGGAAUACGAGGAUUCUUCCACCAAGCCACCCAAGAGCCGACGAAAAGCAGCUCUGUCCAGCCCCCGAAGUCGAAAGAAUGCCGCCCAGCCCCCCAAUGCUGAGGAAGAGUCAGGCUCCAGCAGUGCCUCGGAGGAAGAAGACACCAAACCGAAGCCCACCAAGCGGAAACGGAAAGGGUCCUCUGCAGUGGGCUCUGACAGUGACUGAGGCCCCGGGUCUCCCCUGCCGCCCCAGUCGGACUGCCCCCUCCCCUCCUUGGUGAAUCAAAGGUUAACAGGGCUGGGGAGAUGCCGGGGAACACCCUGUCCCCAUCCCAGAGCUCCCCUGUGAGAAGGACGAGCUGCCUCCUCCAGCCCGGCCUGAGAAGCUGCCAUGCGGCCCCGGCGCCUCCUCCCUCCUCUCUGGGGCCUGCAGCCCCCCGACACACUGCUGCUCCCACUGAAGCCAGAGGCCGUACACAACCUGGACUGCGGUGGACGCCUUCAGCCCCUGCCCCCUCCCGCAGCCUCCCCAGAGGCUGUUUCAACAGAGAAGAGAAAUGGCAAAGGGGCAGCUGGCCGGAGAGGUUAGACUGAGAGUGCAAACGGUGUGCGGGCACCCUUCCGCCUUCCCCCUCCACGUCUUGAUUUGCUCUGAACAGGCAUUUUAUAGUGGCCCUCCGUACAUCAGUCAUGAAAUGGGCAUUUAAUCUGUGACAUGGUCAAGUCACCUUCUCCUCUCCAUGGGGCAGAUGCAGAGGCCACAGCCCCACCUGGGAUGCCCUGGAGGCUUGUGUUGGCCUGAGGUUGGCACUUUGAGCCCAGGGAGUCCCAGAGACAUGUUCCACAAAACUGUCAAGAAUGGUCCCAUUUCCUUGGUUCUGUUUCUUUUUUUUUUUUUUUUUUUUUUUUUUUUUUUUGGCAGAGAUAAUCGAAUUUUUAAAAGUUGUUUUUAAAUGACAAUAAAACAAGCCAGAAUCUCUUUCGUGCCGGAGUUGCUGCCCCCACUUACUCUGUGCAUGUACAGGUGGUCUCCAUUUAAUGGGCACCCCACCUCGUGGCUUCACAACUUCCCCUUCCCCCCCCCCCCCCCCCCCCCCCCGCCCACCUCCUUGUCUGGAGCAGGAGGGCCUUGGCUUUACCCCCAUCCUUCUUGCUGCCUCGGGCAGUGCAGGCCAGACACUGGGCUGUCCAGGCAGAAGUUAAUGCUGACACCAUCUCCCAAAGGCUGUCUUGUCCUUAGCCAUCUCUCAGUGUUAUAUGCUAGUGCUUACCAACUGCUGGAGAGGACUAGGUCUUGGGCGGUGAGAGAGGCUCCCAGCUCGGAUCUUAGAGAGCAGAAGCAUGCCUAGCGGAGAGGGCUCAGACACCUGGAGAAGGAACCCGCCACAGUCUGGCCACCUGCCCAGCCAGGUGUACCAGCAAAGAGCUCCUUGGCUAUGCUUUUGUCCCGCUGCUGUCCUGGGAGGCUGGGUGGCAGGCUGAGGAGAGAGGUUUGGGCUGACUUCAGACAGCUCCUCCUAUUCAGCCUGCAAAUUUGUCUUACAGAACCCGGGUUCUCCCUUCCCUCAAAGCUGCUACAACUUUCUUUGAAAGUCUAAACUGCCCGAGGCCUCCUUUUUUCCUUCCUCUCUCCUUCCCCGGUUUCCUCUGCCCCAAUUAAAAUCAGGAUGGAAA